AUGGCGACCGAAACUCCCUUGGCUCUCUUGGAAAAACUGCCAGUGCCGACCCUGGACCGGCCGUUCGGCAUCCAUCUCUGGCCCAUCUUCAGCAAGGCGUUCGAGUACGUCGUCGGUUACCCAGCCGAUGACUUCAGGUUCCAACCGGGCGUGACGCCCAUGUCGACCCUCAAGGAGACGAGCAUUUUCAUCGUCAUCUAUUACACAGUUAUCUUUGGCGGCCGGGAGUUGAUGCGCAACCGCGAGCCUUUCAAGCUGCGCACGCUCUUUUUGAUCCACAACUUCUACCUCACCGCCAUCAGCGCCAUCCUGCUCGCCCUCUUCAUGGAGCAGAUCAUUCCCACUGUUGCCCGCCAUGGUAUCUUCCAUGCCAUCUGCGCCAUUGAGGGCGGCUGGACCCAGCCCCUGGUGGUUCUCUACUACUUGAACUACCUUACCAAGUACCUCGAGCUUCUGGAUACCUGCUUCCUCUUCCUCAAGAAGAAGCCCUUGACCUUCCUUCACUGCUAUCACCACGGCGCAACGGCUCUCCUGUGCUACACGCAGCUUAUCGGGUCGACGUCGGUUUCGUGGGUUGUCAUCUCGCUGAACCUGAUGGUUCACGUGGUCAUGUACUGGUACUACUUCCAGAGCGCGCGUGGCGUCAAGAUCUGGUGGAAGGAGUGGAUCACGCGUCUGCAGAUCAUUCAGUUCAUCAUCGACCUCGGCUUCGUGUACUUCGCGUCCUGGACCUACUUCGCCUCAACCUACUUCCCAUGGGUCCCCAACAAGGGCAAGUGCGCGGGCGAGGAGUUCGCUGCCUUCUCGGGCAUUGCCAUCCUCAGCUCCUACCUCCUGCUCUUCAUCUCGUUCUACCUUGCCACGUACAAGAAGGACGGCAAGCGACCGAGCGGGCGCAAGGCCGUGCGGAGGAUGAGCCAGGCGCCUCUGCCGGACCCGAUCCAUGGCACAGCCGCCAACGCCAACGGCUAUGCCAACGCUGACGCCAAAUCGACUGGCGUCAAGACCAACGGCUUGGCCACGCGCUCGCGGAGAGCCUAGGAGAGGGUCGCGAGGAAGGCGGCGGAGCGAUACUUGUGAGCGCAUGCGCCCCAUUUUAGGGCGCGUCAGCCAGGAUAAUAGACGGGUGUGAUUUGUACAACACACGGCCGUGCGGGGGCAAAUAGAUGUGCCUUUGGGAAGAUUGGGCACAAUUUCCUCGACACUAUCAUAACAGCAUCUCGGUAUUCAUCACGGAGUUAUAAUGGGGGAAAAGGUCAUUUCUCGGGGACUCCGGGGGGAUGUGGGUGUGGGUGUUCUCAUGAUGACGUACGGGGGAUUCAAGGGCGUGGUCGUAUCAUGACGGCGGUGAAGGCGCGUGUAUAAUGAUGGAUGGGCUAAGGAGGGGUCUACCACCAACGAGCGAGCGACACAUCUAAUGCCGGCGUCGUCGUGCCGAGCUGCAACCGAAGGCAACAGAAGGUUGCAGACCAGUCCGCGGGUCUGGAGGCGCACGGUUUCCGACAGACAUGGUGCAGACUCGAGUCUGAGUCUUUCGAUUUCAUGCCUUCGUUUCGUUGUGUAUACGAUUGUCAUGUACUACUUGCCCGAGCGGAUACAGAGCGAGGCGCACACUAUAAACAGUCUUAAUAAUAACAUUCGGUUGAACUUCC